AUGUCACAGUGGACACAGGCAUCCCUCACCCCUUCUCGUCCAGCCCCGGCGCCUCCUGGAGCUCGCAACUCGCCAUCGAGCUUACCCCCUGCAACGCGACCCCGCGCACCGGCUGCCAAUGUACCCGCAUAUUCCUCAAAGGCGUAUGCGAACUCGUACCCCGUUCUUAAACAACGUGGCUCCACUCCAUCCAACGAGGUGCAAUCGUCAUCGCCCUCCUAUGUCUGCCCAUUAAGCGAUGUCUCGGAUGUCCAACGUGUCGAUAUGAAGCCUUUCUGCAUUGAGAUCGAAAUGAAGGAAGACAACAAGCUGCUUUACUUUGCCUUCAGGUCCGACGAAGAGGUCUACGGCUGGAUGGACGACAUUUAUUCGCGUUCUCCGCUCAUGGGUGUGAGCCAACCUACCAACUUUGUUCACCAGGUUCACGUCGGCUUCGACCCAGUCUCGGGAGGGUUCACAGGACUUCCCCCGCAGUGGUCGAAACUGCUCACCAAGUCUGCAAUCACGAAGGAAGAGGCUGCUCGCCACCCCGAGGCUGUCUUGGAUGUCCUCCAGUUUUACACCUCACAACAGAUGGGUCAAGCCGAAUAUCCUGUUCCGUCUCGUCCCGCUGAAGAACGCAACACCCCCGCGCGCUUCGACAAUGGCUUGGGUUUCGGUGGCCAUCAAGCCCCGAAAGCCAGUCGAGACGCCCCUCCUCCCCCUCCUCCCAUGCCGCGCCUCCCAGACGUGCCACGAGACGACUCGUCGACCAGGCUCCAUGCUGAGCGGAAGGCCCCCCCUCCACCACGCGCUCCUCCCCAGGCUCCCAAGCCGGCUGAGCAAAAGGCGACACCCAAGCCUGUCGAGACGCAACCAUCAGCGCCUCGCAAACCUGCAGCGGAACAAGGCGCUACUGCUCCCACGAGCACUAAACCUGCGGCGGCGCGCCCCGUUGAGAGGCGUAUCAGCACUAUGAAUGAGGCACAAAUUAUGGACAAGCUCCGCUCCGUUGUCAGCGCAGAUGACCCCUCAACAAUGUAUGCUACAAUCAAGAAGGUUGGCCAAGGUGCCUCUGGUAUGGUGUUUGUGGCCAAGACGCUGGCCACCGGCAAGAAAGUGGCCAUCAAGCAAAUGGAUCUCGCGCAGCAGCCACGUAAGGAGUUGAUUGUCAACGAGAUCAUCGUUAUGAAGGAGUCCCAACACCCCAACGUCGUCAAUUUCUUGGAAGCGUUCCUUGUCAAGAGUACAGAGCUCUGGGUCGUCAUGGAGUAUAUGGAGGGUGGAGCCCUCACCGACGUCAUCGAAAACAACAAGCUGCAAGAGGACCAAAUCGCGUCCAUCUGUCUAGAGACUUGUCACGGCCUUCAACACCUGCAUUCGCGCUCCAUCAUCCACCGUGACAUCAAGUCCGAUAAUCUCCUGAUGAACGCGUUUGGAGAGGUCAAAAUUACCGACUUUGGCUUCUGCGCCAAGCUCACUGAUCAAAAAUCAAAGCGAGCCACCAUGGUUGGCACACCUUACUGGAUGGCCCCUGAAGUGGUCAAGCAAAAGGAGUAUGGCGCCAAGGUUGACAUUUGGUCGUUGGGUAUCAUGGCCAUUGAGAUGAUUGAGAACGAGCCACCAUAUCUGGACGAAGAGCCAUUGAAGGCUCUCUACCUCAUUGCUACCAAUGGCACCCCAACUCUGAAACAGCCGGACAAGCUUAGCCAAGACUUGAAGCAUUUCCUGAGUGUCUGCCUUUGCGUCGACGUCAACUUCCGAGCCACCUCGACUGAACUGCUCAAGCACGACUUUUUGCGUCUCGCCUGCCCUGUAAAAGAUCUUGCCCCGUUGCUGCGAUUCAGGCAGACUAUGGGGUAG